AUCUAUCUAUAAUUGUUAGAAUUAAAAGCAAUUGAAGAAACAAAUUCUAUCAUUUAUUACCUAAUCCAACUAAAUUAAAUUAAGGAGACAUAUUUGACGGGCUCACAGUACGAAUCAUACACGGACUACACAGUUUACAAACUUUAUUUUCUUUUCAGCUUCAAAUCCCCUGCCCCCAACAAAUCCUAGUAAUCUGAUCAAUCUCUUCUAUCUGAAGCAAUCCGUGGAAAAAUGGGUAGCUCUGAAAGACCGAAAGGUGCAAUCUUGCUGGGGUUGCUACUGGCGGCGGCGCUCCAAUCGGCGGCGGGUCGGUUCGUGGUGGAGAAGAAUAGCUUAAAGGUGCUCUCCCCUGAUUCCAUAAGAGGAACUUACGAUUCUGCCCUCGGGAACUUUGGGGUUCCUCAGUAUGGAGGCAGCAUGACUGGGGUUGUCGUCUACCCUAAGGAUAACCGGAAGGGAUGCAAGGAAUUCCAUGACUUUGGGAUUUCAUUCACCUCCAAACCCGGUUCUUUGCCCACCUUUGUUCUUGUGGACCGUGGAGAUUGCCACUUUGCAUUGAAGGCUUGGAAUGCUCAGAAAUCUGGUGCUUCGGCAGUGUUAGUCGCGGAUGACAUAGAUGAGCGGUUGAUAACUAUGGACUCGCCCGAAGAGGACGGGUCUUCUUCAAGCUACGUGGAAAACAUAACAAUUCCAUCUGCACUUGUUGAGAAAAGUUUUGGGGAGAAGUUGAAGAAAUCGCUAAGGGAAGAAGAAAUGGUCAAUGUGAAUCUUGAUUGGAGAGAAACUCUCCCUCACCCGGAUGAUCGUGUCGAAUAUGAACUGUGGACGAACAGCAACGACGAGUGUGGGUAUAAGUGUGAUAUGCUGAUGAGGUUUGUGAAAGAUUUCAAAGGAGCCGCGCAGAUCUUAGAGAAAGGCGAGUACACUCAGUUCACCCCACAUUAUAUUACAUGGUAUUGCCCUCAGGCCUUCACUGUGAGCAAACAAUGCAAGUCUCAGUGCAUUAAUCAUGGGAGAUACUGUGCUCCGGAUCCCGAACAAGAUUUUAGCUCAGGUUAUGAUGGGAAGGAUGUUGUUGUUGAAAAUCUGAGGCAACUUUGUGUCUUUAAAGUUGCCAAAGAGGCCAAGAAGCCAUGGGUUUGGUGGGAUUACGUGACCGACUUCCAAAUUCGGUGCCCCAUGAAGGAGAAGAAGUAUAACAAGGAAUGCGCUGAUGGUGUAAUCAAGUCUUUAGGUCUUGAUCUGCAAAAGAUAGAGAAGUGUCUUGGAGAUCCCAAUGCGGAUGCUGAUAACCCUGUUUUGAAAGAAGAGCAAGAUGCUCAAAUUGGUAAAGGAUCACGGGGUGAUGUGACCAUUUUGCCUACUCUUGUUGUCAACAAUAGACAGUACCGAGGAAAGUUAGCAAAAGGCGCUGUGUUGAAGGCAAUUUGUGCUGGUUUUGAGGAAACUACAGAACCUUCUGUUUGUCUUAAUGGAGACAUAGAGACAAACGAGUGCUUAGACAACAACGGUGGCUGCUGGCAAGACAAGGCUGCCAACAUAACAGCCUGCAAGGAUACUUUUCGUGGACGAGUGUGUGAGUGCCCUUUGGUUGAUGGUGUGCAGUUUAAGGGAGAUGGUUACAACUUUUGCAACCCAAGUGGGCCCGGCCGGUGUCACAUCAAUCACGGGGGUUGUUGGCAUGAAACCCGAAAUGGACAUAGUUAUUCUGCCUGUGUGAUUAAUGGAGAUGGAAAGUGCACUUGUCCUCCAGGAUUCAAAGGUGAUGGUAAGAGUUGUGAAGAUAUCGAUGAAUGCAAAGAAAAGAGGGCCUGCCAGUGCCCUGAAUGCAACUGCAAGAAUACAUGGGGUGAUUAUGAAUGCACUUGCAGUAAUGACCUUUUGUAUAUGAGAGAUCACGACACCUGCAUAAGUAAGACAGCUACUCAAGUCAAGUCUUCUUGGGUGGGCGUUUGGGUCAUUUUGAUAGGACUGGCUGCCGUUGCUGGCACUGCAUAUCUUGUAUACAAAUACAGAUUAAGGACGUAUAUGGAUUCAGAGAUCAGAGCGAUAAUGGCACAGUACAUGCCACUAGAUAGCCAGAGUGAGGUUCCAAGUCACACUGGCGAUGCCCGUGCUUGAGAGAGUGCUUAGCGUUUCGACUAACUCCCCUCCUAAUGCUGGACCCCACUUCAGCAGGAGAUGGAAAUGCCCGUUGUUGUUGCUCUGUAAAUACCCUUUUCUCAUUUUUUCGAAUGGAAUCACACGCUUUGUCUCCGCGUCCCCGAGGAGGGUAUUAUGGUAAUUUUUACGAUUAGUGGUAGAAAGAGUCGGGCACUGGUGCACCAUAUCUUUGUGUCAUGUACUUGUGUUGUAAUGAUUUAAAAAAAACCACCCUACAUUUUGGUAGGAACAACAGCCACUAGCAGAGGCAGUCUUGAAGGGUUUGUGCUGCGAUAAUUUUAUUCAAAACCGUAUGCAUCAAGCUUCAUUCUUGUAUAAUUACCGUGAUUAUGUGGCAAACAUAUCAAACAAAAAAGCUACUGUAAAAGUAAAAAAAGGAAGAGUGUGCAGAUGCCAGAUGUGACCGUGAGUGGAGGGAGGCAUAUGCGAGAAGCUAAGCAGAAGUCCUUAAACUUCCAGAUCUAAGGUUCUUAUCAUUCCGCCAGAAGCAGAGGACGAUGACACUAUCAGAGCCUGUGACCAUGGAUGCUGGCAGUGCUGGAUUUGAAACGGAGGUGGCUCAUACGUCUCAUGCAUCGAGGACAAUUGCCUAGCAGAUCCGAGAUAGUUAUUGGCUUCCAAUGGUACGAAUGAAGAGGAAGACGGCGAUUAGGCAAAAUCAGGAACUGAAGAGAGUGGCCUUCGCCGUUGACCACACCACAAUUCCUUUCUGUGCCAUAACCACUGAGUCUGUGAGUUCUAGCAAAAUCUUUAUGUUUUUAUUCGCAUGUCUAUCUUUUUUUUAUACAUUUUUUAAAAUCAGAUCUGAAAGUAGAAAUAAUUUUUAAUAUACUCUUGAUAUUUAUUGAUUUCAUAUUUGCCGAAGACUCAAAUUUACAGGUAUGAUUUUGUUUGGAUGUGCUGAUGGCAACCAGUAAUACUCUACUAGCUCAAUCAUGUUUAUGCUUUCUACCUUUCUCAGGGUUUCUGUCGAUACGUCCUUUCAUCCUCUCGGAUGUUUGCUGCCUCAACAGAGAUGCUGCCCUCUUCCACCGAAGUCUGUCGCAAGGUUCUUCCAGAUAUAGGGUUUCAUCUGCUCGAUGGUCUCUUUUCCUUUGAUUUUAGCGGCCGGUCAUUCCACCAAUGAGAAGAAUCAGACGCGUAGGGUUAAUCAUCUCUAACUUCCUUCCUCAAUAUCCAAUCCAUUAUCUAUCGGGUAUUUCAUUUUCUUCUCCGAGUUUUUGUCUUCUAUUAGAUAUAUGGUCAAAUUAUAGAAAAUUAGACAGUGCUCGCCACAAGCCCACAACCAUGGAUAAGAGGAUGUUUUUGGAUGAAGACAUCUAUCCAGACAGAGAACAGAUCUGCUCUCUUUCUUCUAUAUUUCUCUUUUCAUUUUCUUUGACUUAAGUGUACAUUUUAAAUACUCCGUAUAAUUCAGUAACUUAAAUUAAAUGCCAUGAAUUCCG